CUGCUUUCCCCAGCGAGGCUUUGUGUCCUCUCACUAGGAACCUUGCUUGGUUUCACAGAGCAGCAGUGCUGAAGCUCUGAUUUUUUGAGACCAAAAUAUGCUGAUAAACAGCCCUUGGGAGUAGUGUUGGGCAAGAUAUUGUGACUUAGAGGGUCAAAGCAGUGGGAAAAGCUUUGGGAGUCAGCACUCCUGAGUUGCUGCAUUUUUUUUUUUUCUAAUAGGUUGAAGCCUGCUUCCCUUUGCCUCAUCUUUUUCCUCAGGUCUCCCCUGUGAUUAGUUUGCAUUAUGACUCAUAUGGCACAUCUGUCAGUUUACAAGGAGGUCAAAUCAGUGUUUCUUCCCUGCUGAAAUUGAUUGUAUUAAACUCCAGACCGUAAGGAAAGGCGGUGUGCAGAAUCCACACAGCCAUUUGGUGAAAAUGGGAGCUGGCAGAGCAGCUGGGGCAGCAAAAAAUCUCUCUGCUCUUGCUGUGCUGGCCUGCAUGCUGCUGGGCAAAGCAGGUGGGGAGAGUCUCCUGCUAAAGAUAGCUUCUGUAUCCAAACCCACUUGGGAGUGGGCUGGGGAAUGUAAGGUCACAUAGUUUGUAAGAUCCUCCUAGAAACAGUCUCCGUAGUGGAAAUGUAAUAGGUCUUUCUAGGCAUUUUUAUCUGGCUUGGGUAAUGGCUCUGGGAGACGUUAAGGGUAGCGGGCUUGUCUUGCAGGUUUGACAAUAAAGCUUUUGUUUUUCUUCAUUUAAAAACAUUUACAUUCCAUGAGCUAUUCUUACCCAACCAGUGAAUGAAAAGGAAAUGACAGUCCUUCCUUCUAAGUUAGGGUAUUCUACAAUUCCCUAUAGUGUACUGAAAGAAUUCUUAAGCUGCAAGAUGUUAGGUCGUUAAAAUAGGAGCUGCCAUGGCCUGUGCCCUGAAGAAGUGAGACUUGGGACAGCUAUUUGCAGGAGUGUUUGACUUUCUGUCCUGCUAUCUGCACCUCUCUGAAGGUCAGAAGAGAUUCUGGGUAACGAUUGUGCUGGAGAACUGCAGAAAGUCUCAUUUCCCUCAUUGGUGCCACAGUCACAGAAUGGCCCAGGUUGGUAGGGACCUGAAGGAUCAGGAAUCUCCAGCCCCCCCCACCACAGGCAGGGCCACCAACCUCCACACUUAAUACUAGACCAGGCUGCCCUGGGCCCCCUCCAACCUGGCCUUGAACACCUCCACUUGGUGAUGUCUCCUUUUGUCAUUCCUGCUAUUAACUUCCUUUGGGUCUCUCCAUCCUUACCAGCUGGUUACAGUACUGAUAGCAAUGCAGUUUGUGAAGUGCUUUAAGGAAUACUUUGCAAACAGGGUAACCUGAGAACUGCUUGUUAGGAAGCCGCACUGCUUUAUAAGUAGAGUUGUCCUAUCUCAUCUUUCAUCCGGCCCUUGUUUGUCCCUUCAUGGCUCACGGCAGGCAGUGCUGGUUUGUGCAUGAGCGCUUGGCUUCUGGUUGCAGCUCUCAGAGCUGAGCUCACAGCACGCCUCAUUUUGCCAGCAAAGAUGACGUGGUGAAGCAUUUGGGACAAAUGAUGGCAUCAUCCCUUCUCGUACGUGUUGACGGAAGCUGUGUAGGAGGUGGAAUUGGUAAGAUUGAAGACUUGUGCUGAUUUAUCUCCUGACCUGCUUCAGAAAUGUGGACUAUAUGCUGUGCUUGUGUUUAGUUCAGCAGUUUUCCCCAGUGGAACUAUUUUCAAAGCAUUAGAGAUCGCACAUGAAAAAUUCACGCUGUUUUGUUUGGUAGUAGUGCAGAAGGUCAAGUGUUGCGCUUAAGAACAUUACAUGUAAUGCUAAUAGAGAUUAAAGUACUGUUGCAGUACUGAUGUGCCUCCAUAGCUGAGUUUGUCCACAAAAAGACAGAGGAUUACUGUGUCAGACCGAGCCUUAAAUCACAGGGUUGUAUGAGGGUUUUGGGUAACUUAAUCCUUUGUGUUCAUGUUUAUUCCUCAGUAAGUCAAAUUAGCGUGUCCUCCUUGCAUAGACAGCGGGAGGAAAGCUGAAGGUGUGUGACCUGAAAGUAUGGAGUAUAACCAUUAUUUGAAGCCUAUUACUGAAAAGCAUAUGUAACGGGAUACUUGUGAAAGAUGGUGGAUCGUUUGGCAAACAGCGAGGCAAAUACUAGAAGAAUAAGUAUAGUGGAAAACUGCUUUGGAGCAGCUGGUCAGCCUUUGACUAUCCCUGGUCGCGUUCUCAUUGGAGAGGGAGUAUUAACGAAGCUGUGUAGGAAGAAGCCCAAAGCGAGGCAGUUCUUCCUGUUCAAUGACAUUCUUGUUUAUGGUAAUAUUGUCAUCCAGAAGAAGAAAUACAAUAAGCAGCACAUAAUCCCGUUGGAAAACGUCACCAUUGAUUCCAUCCAGGAUGAGGGAGACUUGCGGAAUGGGUGGCUCAUCAAGACGCCUACUAAGUCUUUUGCAGUUUAUGCUGCCACUGCUACGGAGAAGUCUGAGUGGAUGAACCAUAUAAAUAAGUGUGUUUCUGAUUUGCUUUCCAAGAGUGGGAAGACUCCUAGCAAUGAGCAUGCGGCUGUCUGGGUGCCAGACUCAGAAGCCACUGUCUGCAUGCGCUGUCAGAAAGCAAAGUUUACCCCCGUCAACCGUCGUCACCACUGCCGCAAGUGUGGCUUUGUUGUCUGCGGGCCUUGCUCUGAGAAGAGGUUCCUUCUCCCCAGCCAGUCUUCCAAGCCUGUGAGGAUUUGCGACUUCUGCUAUGAUCUUCUUUCUACUGGGGAGAUGACUGCUUGUCAGUCCACGAGAUCAGACUCCUACAGCCAGUCGCCUAAGUCUUCUUUAAAUGAUGCAUCUGAUGAUGAUGAUGAUGAAGACAGUAGUGAUUAAAAACCAAACGUUUGUGUUUCAGACCGUACGGAGCUGCUUUUGGGGAAGCCUGUAGUGAGGUUCCCUGGAAAAAUCCUGUUCUAGCCAUAAAAUAUGCCUGAAUAUCUCCAAUUGCGAUGUGCCUCGAUCUAUGAGUUCUCUAGACAAUAGAUUUUUCACUCCUCUGCAGGGAUAGACUGUUGCAAGUGUUAUCAGAUUGUUUUCCAAUUUCUUAUACUUGAGUUCUGUCUAGGUUAGACUUUCGUGGAAGAUUGGAAAAUAGAAAGUACUUUUCUUAAUUUAACAACCCACGCUUCCUAAUGUUUCAUAUCAAUAUAUUAUGUGGGGUGGUUUUCUUUUUUGUUGGUAUGGAGAGGGAAACUGUAAGCACGCAUAGAACAGUGAUGUUUUGGUUAAUCCCACAGACCUUCUGUUUUUGUAAACGUGGUGUAUGACAAGUUGAGAUGUGACAUGAUUACAAAUCUCAGCGUCACAGGACUUGGGAACUGUCUUGUUUUGCUCUUAUUUAUGACCUCCUAUACCAAGCAGUGCCUUGUAACACUUGUGCUGAUUCAGGAAGAAACAAUCCUAUUUCGUGCUGUCUGUAUUCACCUGAUGCUGGUAUCUGAGAGAUUGUUGGUGCUAUAGAGAAUAACUGCUGUGUUCAAAGCGGAGCUCUCAGCUGCACACCCACAGGCUGAGGGGAAGUGGACCCCACACCCUCACCGCUCAGGCAGCCUCAAAGCUGCCCAGCCCUGUGGGCUUCGAUGGGGUUCUCUCCACAGGAGCUGUGCUGUGAGUUGAGACCUGGAGAUGGGAAGCUGAGGGUGACUUUUCACAGGGAUAUCCACACGCUUUCUUCUCAGAGCAGUUUAGAAGUUUAUAAUCUGGCAGAUGCAAACUGAGAUUUUAGUGGGGCGAUACAGCAUUUUGCUGUGAUAGCUUAUAUUUUUGGAGAUGUUUCCCACAUGCGACACUAACUUGUUUCUUAAAACAUUGAUGAGAGUUUUUUUUUCCCACUUUCUUCCCAAACCUUACCGGCUUUGUAUAAGAAUAACCUCAAAUUUUGAACAGGCAGCCUGCAAAUCUGCACGUGAAAUUGGCUUUCCUUUGUACACAGCUGACCUCAGGAUACAUGUGAGAUGCAAGUUGUUUCAUUCUAAACGUGUGCCCAGGACCAAGAAAGAUAUAUUUAAGAACUAUAAUAAGAUAGUGCAGAAAACGUCUCUACCGUAGCAUUCACUUUUAUUCUUAAGAAGUUCUUAAUGCAGAAAUGUCAUGUUCCUAUGUAUAUGUAAAGGUUAGACUUGUGAAAACAUGUUAACCCCUCCCUUUCCCCCCCCCCCCCAAAUGCUAUGUUUUUAUAUUUUUAUAAAGGUAAUGUCAAUUUUGAAGGGGAAAAAUAUCUUUGAAAUAGUUGUAUGAAUAUAAUAGCAACUGACUUUAUACAAAAAAAAAAAGGUUAAAGUUUAAGUGACAGUUUCUGCACUGUUUGCCUUGGCUGGCAAUAAUUGGGUUAAAUAUUUAUUGAAUAAACAAUCAAUGCUGCAUAUUGCACUAGUCUCCCAUUCUUGUACACUGUAUGUCGGUCAUUAAAGAAAGAAAUUAGCAAAGCUCUUGAAAGCCAUCUCACUCAGUGAGAUUCCUGGUAGCUAAUGAUGCACUGAGCAUCUUCAGGGAGGCACUGUGCGUUAAUUGUCUGCAGUACAUCGCUUCGGGUGAAAGUAAGGGGAAUGGUUUUAGCUUGGGCUGCUUCUGAAAAUAACUCUUUAAAAGCACUGAAGAGCAUUUGAUCUGCUUUGCAAUAAACGCAAAAAGGAGAAAACGCUUUCUGGUAGAUGUUGGGGACCAGGAAGGUUGUGUAAGAUUGCCAGGUAAGCGAUGUACAGCUGUAUGUAUUUGAAGACUGAAAUAGCUAAUUACAUACGCUCCCUCCUUGAAAGGCCGGGGAAUGGGAAAAUGGGCUAUUCUGAGAAGGCACUUUCUGCUCAUAGUGCUCACUUUUUGUAUCUAUCUUAAUCAGAACGCUUUUAAGUUUCAGGAACAGAGACCUUUAGCUUCAAUUUUUGUACAGAUUCAGAAUGCAAACUUUCCUUGUGCAUAUGUUCUAAUGACUAACAGGAAUGUUCUUCCUGAUGCGAUUGCUUUCCUUUCCUGCACUGUCAGACCUGGUUGAAGGUUCAAUCUUUCUGUGUAUUUUUUUUUGUGUGUGUGUUUCUAUGUGUUGUGUUUACUUUCCAGCACUUUGUGGGGGAAAGGAGUUGGAUCACAUCCUGUAUUCUGCAGAAUGUUCUUGUAUCUGCUUCAAGUACCUUCUUUCUGGAAUGAAACUUGCACUGAUCCCUGAAGCUGUAACCAAACCAAUGUUUUCUUUGGGGGGGGAGGGGUUUUUCAUUUGAAAUGGAUGUAUGUGGUCCAAACGUUUUGAGGAAGUAUUAAAAAAGCAGUGCUCUGUGGUAAUAGUUAUAUCCCUCAGCUGGAUUUGCUUAAAGCUUCACGGAACGGACUUGCCGUCAACUCCUCUCGUUACUUACAGACUCCAGGAAGGGCUCGUUUUGUUCUUUGUAAUCUCGUUCUGUCAGAUGAUUUUAUUCACAAAUAUAUGGUGUAGCUUCAA